CUGCUCCACUCCGGCACUGUUGGAGUGUCGAGCGAGAGAGAGAGAGCUCCGAAACAUGGCAACGGCAUCCUGAUCUUAGAAGAAUGGCGAGAUCGGGAGGCGGAUGGACUGUCCUCCAGAGGCGGCGGAUACCCCUCUUCCUCGCCGUCCUCUCCGUCUCGGCCGGAGUCCUCUUCAUCCUCCGGUCCUCGUCCGAUUCCUGCACUUCUCCCGCGCCCGAACGAUUUACGCCUUUGUUCUCUAGCUCCCAUUCACUGUCCACCCCCAGCGACCUGCCGAAUCCUCUGGCUUUCAUGAGAUCGAAGCUCGUCCUUCUCGUGUCCCACGAACUCUCCCUCUCUGGUGGCCCCUUACUACUGAUGGAGUUGGCAUUCCUGUUGAGAAAUGUUGGUGCUAAAGUUGUGUGGGUUACUAACCAAAAACCUACCGAAACAUCUGAAGUAAUUUACAAUUUAGAGCACAGGAUGUUGGAACAUGGAGUUCAGGUAUUUCCUGCUAAGAGUAGUGAAGCCUCAGAUACUGCACUUAAAGCUGAUUUGGUUGUUCUGAACACUGCUGUCGCUGGGAAGUGGUUGGAUGCUGAUUUGAAAGAUGAUGUUCCUCAUGUUCUACCUAAGUUAUUGUGGUGGAUCCAUGAAAUGCGAGGGCACUAUUUCAAGCUGGAAUAUGUUAAACACCUCCCUCUCGUUGCUGGUGCCAUGAUUGAUUCAUAUACAACUGCAGAAUAUUGGAAAAAUAGGACUCAUGAUCGACUGGGGAUCAAGAUGCCCCAGACUUAUGUCGUGCAUCUUGGAAACAGCAAAGAAUUGAUGGAGGUUGCUGAAGAUAGUGUUGCAAGACGUGUCUUACGUGAGCAUGUACGAGAAACAUUGGGAGUUAGGAGUGAAGAUCUCCUUUUUGCUAUAAUAAAUAGUGUUUCACGGGGAAAAGGUCAAGACCUGUUCCUGCAUUCAUUCUUUGAAAGCCUUCAAUUGAUUAGGGAAGAAAAGCUACAAGCUCCACCUAUGUAUGCAGUAGUAGUUGGAAGCGAUAUGAGUGCUCAUACCAAAUUUGAGACACAACUGCGCGAGUUUGUGUCAGAGAAAAAGCUUGAAGGACAUGUUAUUUUUGUCAAUAAAACACUAUCUGUUAUUCCUUAUUUGGCAGCAAUAGAUGUCCUUGUACAGAAUUCUCAGGCCCGAGGAGAAUGCUUUGGGAGGAUUACCAUUGAAGCGAUGGCAUUUCAACUACCAGUGUUGGGUACCUCAGCUGGUGGCACCAGAGAGAUAGUCCUUGAUGGAAAAACAGGAAUCUUGCAUCCUGUAGGUAAAGAGGGAGUCUCCCCGCUGGCUCAAAACAUUGUGAAACUCGCAACAAGUGCUGGACAGAGGGCGACAAUGGGAAGGGCCGGCUAUGAAAGAGUGCGAGAAAGGUUCAUGGAGCAUCAUAUGGCAGAAAGAAUUGCAAAGGUUCUGAAGGAGAUUCUACAGCAAUCGACUGCACAAUCUCACCCCAAAUGAGACUUUUCUUGAUUUUGCUGAGGCAGUCGGGACCUCAAGGACCAAAGAUAAACGGUGGACCUGAUGAAAACUGCUGAAAGGACCAAAGAUAACGGUGAACUUCAUGAAACUGCUGAUUGGCGGUUGAAGGCUGAAAGUUGAAAGACAGCAGACCAUGAAAUGAGCGAUAUACAUAGCAAAGGUAGCUGAUUUCCUGAAUUGAUCGUACAGCGAAGACCCAGCCCUUACUGCUAUUAGGUUUUUCGUCUGGGCCAUCUUCCGUAUCUAUCACAUUUUCAUUUUUUUCCGUUCUUUCUUGUUUUACAAUCUUUUUUCCUUCCCCUAUGGUGUUCCUUAUAGACGGAUGUGGCCUUGAAUGUAUAACUAUUCACCAAUGAAAAGGAAGAUUCGUUGUUCAAGCC